CAGCAUCAACAUUGCAGUCACAGUGGCAAUUGAUGAUGGUUGAGUACGCCUGUGCUUCAAGAUGCCGAUAAGGUUGACAUGUAUUCCUUGUCAAGAAAAUGGAAGGAGUUAGUUGAUAAGGCCCGAGCCAAGCAGCUGCAACCCCAUGAAUACAGAACAGGCACUUUUACUCUCUCUAAUCUUGGAAUGUUUGGUGUGGAUCGCUUUGAUGCCAUUUGCCACCAGGAACUGGUGCAAUCAUGGCUGUUGGAGCAUCUCAGCCCACUGUUGUACUGUAGGUGCCAAGGAUGGUCGGAUUGGCAUGAAAAACCAGAUGAAGGUAAAUGUUACAGCUGACCAUCGUGUCAUAUAUGGUGCGGAUCUGGCUUCAUUCUUGCAAACUCUAGCCAAGAUAAUUGAGGAUCCUAAAGACCUUACACUAUAAUUCUUCAUACAGUCUCAGAUUACUUCCUUCUUGUCUGUGCCUCUGGCUCUGAUCAUUUUUUAUUAUCAUCCUCGAUUUUGGCGGAGUAAGUUUGUGGUGAAGAGAAAUUUAGGAGCUACUAACUCACUUUCUGCUCAAUCAAGGUUCUGAGGGACAACAGGAGCAGAAUUUUGAAGAGUAAAUGUUUCACAUUUCAUUAGCUUUUGUGUAAGUUUCAAUUCAGAAUUGUACUUAAUGAGUAUCAUAAACUCGAAGUAGUCAUUGUCAUCUUAUCCUUCAAAUUCUCAUUGUCAUUAGCUUGUUGAGGAUUUUUCUGUUGGUGGUGUUACAUGCACCAAUUAAUUUACACAUUAAUGUACCAACUAGUUUUAUGCCAUUAUUACUGACUCCACCUAUUAUACAAAUUACAAAU